AUGAUACUGUGCAGCAUCAAGGUUCUUUCUCGAGCUGUCGUCUUGGAUCAAGAUCAGGCUUGCUCAGAUUUCGAGUCAGCGCGCCGCCUUCCUCAUUGUACCAUGCGCCGCGAUUUCCGCCCAGCUGCCCUGGACAUGGCGCUGAUCCCCGGGCGGCACUUGUCGACGGCCAAGAGCCCCUGCCACGAGCAGUAUACGCCGGGCAAGUUCGUCAGGCUGGUCAGUGUCUCGGCGACGGCCUCCUGCAGAGACCUCGCGCCCGUGGGCGGGCUGGACGACGGCGCGGCUCCCGAGCUCGAUGCCCGGCUGGACGACGGCGCGGCUCCUGGCGGGCCGUCACCACUGGGCCUUCGCCGCUCGACAGCGCGCUGCUGA